AUGAAGGAAAGGCAGCGCAAGGAAAGGCAGCGCAAGGAAAGGCAGCGCAAGGAAAGGCAGCGCAAGGAAAGGCAGCGCAAGGAAAGGCAGCGCAAGGAAAGGCAGCGCAAGGAAAGGCAGCGCAAGGAAAGGCAGCGCAAGGAAAGGCAGCGCAAGGAAAGGCAGCGCAAGGAAAGGCAGCGCAAGGAAAGGCAGCGCAAGGAAAGGCAGCGCAAGGAAAGGCAGCGCAAGGAAAGGCAGCGCAAGGAAAGGCAGCGCAAGGAAAGGCAGCGCAAGGAAAGGCAGCGCAAGGAAAGGCAGCGCAAGGAAAGGCAGCGCAAGGAAAGGCAGCGCAAGGAAAGGCAGCGCAAGGAAAGGCAGCGCAAGGAAAGGCAGCGCAAGGAAAGGCAGCGCAAGGAAAGGCAGCGCAAGGAAAGGCAGCGCAAGGAAAGGCAGCGCAAGGAAAGGCAGCGCAAGGAAAGGCAGCGCAAGGAAAGGCAGCGCAAGGAAAGGCAGCGCAAGGAAAGGCAGCGCAAGGAAAGGCAGCGCAAGGAAAGGCAGCGCAAGGAAAGGCAGCGCAAGGAAAGGCAGCGCAAGGAAAGGCAGCGCAAGGAAAGGCAGCGCAAGGAAAGGCAGCGCAAGGAAAGGCAGCGCAAGAGGGGAGAGAAGGCAAGAGGGGGAGAGAAGGCAAGAGGGGGAGAGAAGGCAAGAGGGGGAGAAGAAGGCAAGAGGGGAAAAGAAGGCAAGAGGGGAAAGAAGGCAAGAGGGGAAAAGAAGGCAAGAGGGGAAAAGAAGGCAAGAGGGGAAAAGAAGGCAAGAGGGGAAAAGAAGGCAGAGAGGGGAAAAGAAGGCAAGAGGGGAAAAGAAGGCAAGAGGGGAAAAGAAGGCAAGAGGGGGAAAAGAAGGCAAGAGGGGAAAAGAAGGCAAGAGGGGAAAAGAAGGCAAGAGGGGAAAAGAAGGCAAGAGGGGAAAAGAAGGCAAGAGGGGAAAAGAAGGCAAGAGGGGGAAAAGAAGGCAAGAGGGGAAAAGAAGGCAAGAGGGGAAAAGAAGGCAAGAGGGGAAAAGAAGGCAAGAGGGGAAACGAAGGCAAGAGGGGAAAAGAAGGCAAGAGGGGAAAAGAAGGCAAGAGGGGAAAAGAAGGCAAGAGGGGAAAAGAAGGCAAGAGGGGAAAAGAAGGCAAGAGGGGGAAAAGAAGGCAAGAGGGGAAAAGAAGGCAAGAGGGGAAAAGAAGGCAAGAGGGGAAAAGAAGGCAAGAGGGGAAAAGAAGGCAAGAGGGGAAAAGAAGGCAAGAGGGGAAAAGAAGGCAAGAGGGGGAAAAGAAGGCAAGAGGGGGAAAAGAAGGCAAGAGGGGAAAAGAAGGCAAGAGGGGGAAAAGAAGGCAAGAGGGGAAAAGAAGGCAAGAGGGGAAAGAAGGCAAGAGGGGGAAAAGAAGGCAAGAGGGGGAAAAGAAGGCAAGAGGGGGAAAGAAGGCAAGAGGGGGAAAGAAGGCAAGAGGGGGAAAGAAGGCAAGAGGGGGGAAAGAAGGCAAGAGGGGGAAAGAAGGCAAGAGGGGGGAAAGAAGGCAAGAGGGGGAAGAAGGCAAGAGGGGGAAAGAAGGCAAGAGGGGGAAAGAAGGCAAGAGGGGGAAAGAAGGCAAGAGGGGGAAAGAAGGCAAGAGGGGGAAAGAAGGCAAGAGGGGGAAAGAAGGCAAGAGGGGGAAAGAAGGCAAGAGGGGGAAAGGAAGGCAAGAGGGGAAAGAAGGCAAGAGGGGGAAAGAAGGCAAGAGGGGAAAGAAGGCAAGAGGGGGAAAGAAGGCAAGAGGGGGAAAGAAGGCAAGAGGGGGAAAAGAAGCAAGAGGGGGAAAAGAAGGCAAGAGGGGGAAAAGAAGGCAAGAGGGGGAAAGAAGGCAAGAGGGGGAAAAGAAGGCAAGAGGGGAAAAGAAGGCAAGAGGGGGGAAAAGAAGGCAAGAGGGGAAAAGAAGGCAAGAGGGGGAAAAGAAGGCAAGAGGGGAAAAGAAGGCAAGAGGGGAAAAGAAGGCAAGAGGGGAAAGAAGGCAAGAAGGGGAAAGAAGGCAAGAAGGGGAAAGAAGGCAAGAAGGGGGAAAGAAGGCAGAAGGGGAAAGAAGGCAAGAAGGGGAAAGAAGGCAAGAAGGGGGAAAGAAGGCAAGAAGGGGAAAGAAGGCAAGAAGGGGAAAGAAGGCAAGAAGGGGAAAGAAGGCAAGAAGGGGAAAGAAGGCAAGAAGGGGAAAGAAGGCAAGAAGGGGAAAGAAGGCAAGAAGGGGAAAGAAGGCAAGAAGGGGAAAGAAGGCAAGAAGGGGAAAGAAGGCAAGAAGGGGAAAGAAGGCAAGAAGGGGAAAGAAGGCAAGAAGGGGAAAGAAGGCAAGAAGGGGAAAGAAGGCAAGAAGGGGGAAAGAAGGCAAGAAGGGGAAAGAAGGCAAAGAAGGGGAAAGAAGGCAAGAAGGGGAAAGAAGGCAAGAAGGGGAAAGAAGGCAAGAAGGGGAAAGAAGGCAAGAAGGGGAAAGAAGGCAAGAAGGGGAAAGAAGGCAAGAAGGGGAAAGAAGGCAAGAAGGGGAAAGAAGGCAAGAAGGGGAAAGAAGGCAAGAAGGGGAAAGAAGGCAAGAAGGGGAAAGAAGGCAAGAAGGGGAAAGAAGGCAAGAAGGGGAAAGAAGGCAAGAAGGGGAAAGAAGGCAAGAAGGGGAAAGAAGGCAAGAAGGGGAAAGAAGGCAAGAAGGGGAAAGAAGGCAAGAAGGGGAAAGAAGGCAAGAAGGGGAAAGAAGGCAAGAAGGGGAAAGAAGGCAAGAAGGGGAAAGAAGGCAAGAAGGGGAAAGAAGGCAAGAAGGGGAAAGAAGGCAAGAAGGGGAAAGAAGGCAAGAAGGGGAAAGAAGGCAAGAAGGGGAAAGAAGGCAAGAAGGGGAAAGAAGGCAAGAAGGGGAAAGAAGGCAAGAAGGGGAAAGAAGGCAAGAAGGGGAAAGAAGGCAAGAAGGGGAAAGAAGGCAAGAAGGGGAAAGAAGGCAAGAAGGGGAAAGAAGGCAAGAAGGGGAAAGAAGGCAAGAAGGGGAAAGAAGGCAAGAAGGGGAAAGAAGGCAAGAAGGGGAAAGAAGGCAAGAAGGGGAAAGAAGGCAAGAAGGGGAAAGAAGGCAAGAAGGGGAAAGAAGGCAAGAAGGGGAAAGAAGGCAAGAAGGGGAAAGAAGGCAAGAAGGGGAAAGAAGGCAAGAAGGGGAAAGAAGGCAAGAAGGGGAAAGAAGGCAAGAAGGGGAAAGAAGGCAAGAAGGGGAAAGAAGGCAAGAAGGGGAAAGAAGGCAAGAAGGGGAAAGAAGGCAAGAAGGGGAAAGAAGGCAAGAAGGGGAAAGAAGGCAAGAAGGGGAAAGAAGGCAAGAAGGGGAAAGAAGGCAAGAAGGGGAAAGAAGGCAAGAAGGGGAAAGAAGGCAAGAAGGGGAAAGAAGGCAAGAAGGGGAAAGAAGGCAAGAAGGGGAAAGAAGGCAAGAAGGGGAAAGAAGGCAAGAAGGGGAAAGAAGGCAAGAAGGGGAAAGAAGGCAAGAAGGGGAAAGAAGGCAAGAAGGGGAAAGAAGGCAAGAAGGGGAAAGAAGGCAAGAAGGGGAAAGAAGGCAAGAAGGGGAAAGAAGGCAAGAAGGGGAAAGAAGGCAAGAAGGGGAAAGAAGGCAAGAAGGGGAAAGAAGGCAAGAAGGGGAAAGAAGGCAAGAAGGGGAAAGAAGGCAAGAAGGGGAAAGAAGGCAAGAAGGGGAAAGAAGGCAAGAAGGGGAAAGAAGGCAAGAAGGGGAAAGAAGGCAAGAAGGGGAAAGAAGGCAAGAAGGGGAAAGAAGGCAAGAAGGGGAAAGAAGGCAAGAAGGGGAAAGAAGGCAAGAAGGGGAAAGAAGGCAAGAAGGGGAAAGAAGGCAAGAAGGGGAAAGAAGGCAAGAAGGGGAAAGAAGGCAAGAAGGGGAAAGAAGGCAAGAAGGGGAAAGAAGGCAAGAAGGGGAAAGAAGGCAAGAAGGGGAAAGAAGGCAAGAAGGGGAAAGAAGGCAAGAAGGGGAAAGAAGGCAAGAAGGGGAAAGAAGGCAAGAAGGGGAAAGAAGGCAAGAAGGGGAAAGAAGGCAAGAAGGGGAAAGAAGGCAAGAAGGGGAAAGAAGGCAAGAAGGGGAAAGAAGGCAAGAAGGGGAAAGAAGGCAAGAAGGGGAAAGAAGGCAAGAAGGGGAAAGAAGGCAAGAAGGGGAAAGAAGGCAAGAAGGGGAAAGAAGGCAAGAAGGGGAAAGAAGGCAAGAAGGGGAAAGAAGGCAAGAAGGGGAAAGAAGGCAAGAAGGGGAAAGAAGGCAAGAAGGGGAAAGAAGGCAAGAAGGGGAAAGAAGGCAAGAAGGGGAAAGAAGGCAAGAAGGGGAAAGAAGGCAAGAAGGGGAAAGAAGGCAAGAAGGGGAAAGAAGGCAAGAAGGGGAAAGAAGGCAAGAAGGGGAAAGAAGGCAAGAAGGGGAAAGAAGGCAAGAAGGGGAAAGAAGGCAAGAAGGGGAAAGAAGGCAAGAAGGGGAAAGAAGGCAAGAAGGGGAAAGAAGGCAAGAAGGGGAAAGAAGGCAAGAAGGGGAAAGAAGGCAAGAAGGGGAAAGAAGGCAAGAAGGGGAAAGAAGGCAAGAAGGGGAAAGAAGGCAAGAAGGGGAAAGAAGGCAAGAAGGGGAAAGAAGGCAAGAAGGGGAAAGAAGGCAAGAAGGGGAAAGAAGGCAAGAAGGGGAAAGAAGGCAAGAAGGGGAAAGAAGGCAAGAAGGGGAAAGAAGGCAAGAAGGGGAAAGAAGGCAAGAAGGGGAAAGAAGGCAAGAAGGGGAAAGAAGGCAAGAAGGGGAAAGAAGGCAAGAAGGGGAAAGAAGGCAAGAAGGGGAAAGAAGGCAAGAAGGGGAAAGAAGGCAAGAAGGGGAAAGAAGGCAAGAAGGGGAAAGAAGGCAAGAAGGGGAAAGAAGGCAAGAAGGGGAAAGAAGGCAAGAAGGGGAAAGAAGGCAAGAAGGGGAAAGAAGGCAAGAAGGGGAAAGAAGGCAAGAAGGGGAAAGAAGGCAAGAAGGGGAAAGAAGGCAAGAAGGGGAAAGAAGGCAAGAAGGGGAAAGAAGGCAAGAAGGGGAAAGAAGGCAAGAAGGGGAAAGAAGGCAAGAAGGGGAAAGAAGGCAAGAAGGGGAAAGAAGGCAAGAAGGGGAAAGAAGGCAAGAAGGGGAAAGAAGGCAAGAAGGGGAAAGAAGGCAAGAAGGGGAAAGAAGGCAAGAAGGGGAAAGAAGGCAAGAAGGGGAAAGAAGGCAAGAAGGGGAAAGAAGGCAAGAAGGGGAAAGAAGGCAAGAAGGGGAAAGAAGGCAAGAAGGGGAAAGAAGGCAAGAAGGGGAAAGAAGGCAAGAAGGGGAAAGAAGGCAAGAAGGGGAAAGAAGGCAAGAAGGGGAAAGAAGGCAAGAAGGGGAAAGAAGGCAAGAAGGGGAAAGAAGGCAAGAAGGGGAAAGAAGGCAAGAAGGGGAAAGAAGGCAAGAAGGGGAAAGAAGGCAAGAAGGGGAAAGAAGGCAAGAAGGGGAAAGAAGGCAAGAAGGGGAAAGAAGGCAAGAAGGGGAAAGAAGGCAAGAAGGGGAAAGAAGGCAAGAAGGGGAAAGAAGGCAAGAAGGGGAAAGAAGGCAAGAAGGGGAAAGAAGGCAAGAAGGGGAAAGAAGGCAAGAAGGGGAAAGAAGGCAAGAAGGGGAAAGAAGGCAAGAAGGGGAAAGAAGGCAAGAAGGGGAAAGAAGGCAAGAAGGGGAAAGAAGGCAAGAAGGGGAAAGAAGGCAAGAAGGGGAAAGAAGGCAAGAAGGGGAAAGAAGGCAAGAAGGGGAAAGAAGGCAAGAAGGGGAAAGAAGGCAAGAAGGGGAAAGAAGGCAAGAAGGGGAAAGAAGGCAAGAAGGGGAAAGAAGGCAAGAAGGGGAAAGAAGGCAAGAAGGGGAAAGAAGGCAAGAAGGGGAAAGAAGGCAAGAAGGGGAAAGAAGGCAAGAAGGGGAAAGAAGGCAAGAAGGGGAAAGAAGGCAAGAAGGGGAAAGAAGGCAAGAAGGGGAAAGAAGGCAAGAAGGGGAAAGAAGGCAAGAAGGGGAAAGAAGGCAAGAAGGGGAAAGAAGGCAAGAAGGGGAAAGAAGGCAAGAAGGGGAAAGAAGGCAAGAAGGGGAAAGAAGGCAAGAAGGGAAAGAAGGCAAGAAGGGAAAGAAGGCAAGAAGGGAAAGAAGGCAAGAAGGGAAAGAAGGCAAGAAGGGAAAGAAGGCAAGAAGGGAAAGAAGGCAAGAAGGGAAAGAAGGCAAGAAGGGAAAGAAGGCAAGAAGGGAAAGAAGGCAAGAAGGGAAAGAAGGCAAGAAGGGAAAGAAGGCAAGAAGGGAAAGAAGGCAAGAAGGGAAAGAAGGCAAGAAGGGAAAGAAGGCAAGAAGGGAAAGAAGGCAAGAAGGGAAAGAAGGCAAGAAGGGAAAGAAGGCAAGAAGGGAAAGAAGGCAAGAAGGGAAAGAAGGCAAGAAGGGAAAGAAGGCAAGAAGGGAAAGAAGGCAAGAAGGGAAAGAAGGCAAGAAGGGAAAGAAGGCAAGAAGGGAAAGAAGGCAAGAAGGGAAAGAAGGCAAGAAGGGAAAGAAGGCAAGAAGGGAAAGAAGGCAAGAAGGGAAAGAAGGCAAGAAGGGAAAGAAGGCAAGAAGGGAAAGAAGGCAAGAAGGGAAAGAAGGCAAGAAGGGAAAGAAGGCAAGAAGGGAAAGAAGGCAAGAAGGGAAAGAAGGCAAGAAGGGAAAGAAGGCAAGAAGGGAAAGAAGGCAAGAAGGGAAAGAAGGCAAGAAGGGAAAGAAGGCAAGAAGGGAAAGAAGGCAAGAAGGGAAAGAAGGCAAGAAGGGAAAGAAGGCAAGAAGGGAAAGAAGGCAAGAAGGGAAAGAAGGCAAGAAGGGAAAGAAGGCAAGAAGGGAAAGAAGGCAAGAAGGGAAAGAAGGCAAGAAGGGAAAGAAGGCAAGAAGGGAAAGAAGGCAAGAAGGGAAAGAAGGCAAGAAGGGAAAGAAGGCAAGAAGGGAAAGAAGGCAAGAAGGGAAAGAAGGCAAGAAGGGAAAGAAGGCAAGAAGGGAAAGAAGGCAAGAAGGGAAAGAAGGCAAGAAGGGAAAGAAGGCAAGAAGGGAAAGAAGGCAAGAAGGGAAAGAAGGCAAGAAGGGAAAGAAGGCAAGAAGGGAAAGAAGGCAAGAAGGGAAAGAAGGCAAGAAGGGAAAGAAGGCAAGAAGGGAAAGAAGGCAAGAAGGGAAAGAAGGCAAGAAGGGAAAGAAGGCAAGAAGGGAAAGAAGGCAAGAAGGGAAAGAAGGCAAGAAGGGAAAGAAGGCAAGAAGGGAAAGAAGGCAAGAAGGGAAAGAAGGCAAGAAGGGAAAGAAGGCAAGAAGGGAAAGAAGGCAAGAAGGGAAAGAAGGCAAGAAGGGAAAGAAGGCAAGAAGGGAAAGAAGGCAAGAAGGGAAAGAAGGCAAGAAGGGAAAGAAGGCAAGGGAAAGAAGGUGCGUUAACGUUAGAAGCCGCAGUAAUGGACCAUCGCCAGCUGUUCUCACCUGAGUCAGACUCCUGGCUGUCGGUGACAUCAUCUUCCCACGAUACGUGCGCCUGCUUCUUGAAACGGCACCUCGGCUGGCGUGUGCGUGACGACAUGGGUUUACGCCUGUGA